CUGUCUCGGAAAUGCUCCAAGCCGAAUGACGACACUUUCUCGGCAUCCCGGGUUUUGUCACGUGCCGCAGAUACGAUAGCUUAUCGAGCACUGCUUUCCGCCCUUGGUUCUUUCUGCCAUCGUUGAUGCGUAAUUUAAUUACUGGCCCUACCAACCUAGUGAUUUGCAGGGAUUUGCGAUUGCCGCUUUUAUCUGGAGAUAUUCUUUGAACAACGAAAGCUAUGCCUGCUGCUACUGGCACGAAACGCGUUAGGGGUGUGUCUGUCUUCAGGCCAUUUGUCUACGGUAGUGAAGCAACCCCAUUCGACCCCGAGAACCGCCCCGCGAACGCCCCAGCAGAUCACACGCAUCAAUGGCGAGUAUUCGUGAAAGGCGUGAACGACGAAGACGUCACAUACUGGCUGAAGAAAGUACAAUUCAAACUACACGAGACAUAUGCGCAAUCGGUCCGAACAGUCGAGCAGCCACCAUUUGAGGUGACCGAAACCGGGUGGGGAGAAUUCGAGAUUCAAGUCAAACUGUACUUUGUGCCUGAGUCGACUGAGAAGCCCCAGACCGUUUGGCACAGUCUCAAGCUGCACCCAUACGGGGAUGAUAUUGAAGGAAAACGCGAGCGGAGAGAGAAAGUUGUUAGUCAGAAUUACGAGGAGGUUAUUUUCAACGAGCCCGUGGAACAGUUUUAUGAUAUGCUUACGGGCGGCUCCAAUAACAGCCAACCGGCCAAGGGGAAGAGUGGUAAGGCGAAGCAAUUGCAGCAAAGUGCGGGGAGGACAGCGGAAAUCCCAGAUAACGAUAGCCCUGGAAACCCAUACAGCAGGGCGACGGAACAUGCUGAGCUGGGAAGGCUCGAUGAAGCGCUGAAGACCGUCGAUCAGAUGAUCAAGGAAGAGAAAGUGAAGCUUGUGGAGCGAGAAAAGAAGUUGGCAGAACUGAAGGAGAGCGAGGGCAUCCCGGUAGUUACGAAAAAGAAAUGAUCGGGGUUGGUGAAAUGAUGCCGGAUUAGCAGAUUAUAAUACGACCACGAACUUCCCGUCGACUACAUCGUCGUCACGCCGUCUCUUGGGACAGAGGAACCAUGCCGACUAUGUUAUACACCCCCAGACAUGUAUAGCGACGGAUGUCUUUUUAAUACCAAAUUAGGUAGAAAAAGAAAUGCAUUAAUAUUCAAAUGACGCACUUCGUUGCAAGGGCAUUAUAGAUGACAUGGAAUCUGGAAAGGAAGAAAGAGAAAGAACAAACACCCAAAUCCUCAAGCUAUAAUCGUAAUUGGUUCAGGCAAGAAUGAAAAAU